ACCGCCUAAACUCAGCCCUCCAACGCGUCGUUCACGCGGCCGAAAGGCAUGCUGAGCUAAGCGAGUGUUUACCUCAUGAUUCGCGUCGACCACAAAAUGGCUGGAUCAGACGUCUCAGACGGUGGUUUAUAUCUAUCUGAUGAGCCGGCACUGGGAAUCAAAAGUAAUUCACGCACAAGGUUUACUCUGUCGCCUGAGCUACGGCCGCACAGCAGUCCACGGGUCAGUCUAGCGGAGCUUAUAAAAGGACGAGACAAUUUCUCAGACAGCCCUUCUGCAGUUGUAGGGCAAUCAAUCAAUGGAAUCCGUAACGUCGGGGCGGCAAAGUCUCGGAGUGGACGCGAUAACUCGUCGUUUAAGCACUUUACCACCCCACCGGAGCCAUCCGCUAACCGCGACCUUGAGGAGACACUGAACAGAUUAUCACAGGAAAACUUGGACGUGAGAGCUGAAUUGAAGGUGUACAAGAGUCGGGAGGCCAAGCUAGAGCAAGAAUUAGCCUAUGCACUUGAGCGGAAGGCGUAUUAUAAAAAGGCAGCAGUGGAGUCCCAUGAGAGUGCGAAGAAGGCAUGUGAAGUCACAUCAACGCAGAAGGGUUAUAUCGAAAACCUUGAAAAGCAAGCUCAGACUGCCAACAGUACAAUAGAAGAGCUUAAAACUCAACUUCACGGAGCAAACGAGCUCAUCUCUGUUCUUAGGAGCCAAAUCGAGGGUCUUGAGUCUCAAAUGAGAACCAGUCAGGAUCUCGAGGAGGAGCUAAAGAAACGAGCGGAGAAUGCUGAGAAACGUGCAUUUGAUUUGGAGAAUCAAAUUGGUUUUAUGGAAAAGGUGUUUACGUCUUCUCGUCCAGCAACUUCAGAUGCUUCGGUUACUCUUCAUGAAAAAGAACCCCAAGACGAGCUUGAACAAAAGAAAAUCGAGGUAUUGGAAGUUGAACAAAAGCUGAAACAAGUGAAAAAGCGCUUGGAUAAGAAGUUGUCAAAGUUCGAGUCGCUUUCCACAGAAUACAGUCAGCUCAAAGCCAAUGUUGGCGAAAUCCGUCGAGUCUCGAGUGCUCCAACGUCUGCGGUUCAGCAAUCGCCAGCUUUCCCUGUGGGCCCUGUAGAAUUUGUGUAUCCUGUGGCUUCAGCAGCUGCUACGGUUCCUACUGUUCCUACGGUGCCUACAGUUCCUGCGGUUACUACGGCUCCGACGGCUCCAGAAAAUCAGACACCUUCGGUAGCCAUGCCGCCCACAAGCCCCACGGUUGCUGUGACUUCAGCAGCACCAAAGGCACCCGAAACACCACUCCAGGAGGACUUCGCACACAAAUGCCUCGAGUUAAUUAGAUCGGAACUUUCAUCGUUGAAGGAUCUUGUGAACGAACUGGCGGUUAAGAGGCCCAAUGAAUCUGAAACCAUGUCUAAAGACAUGAAGGACAUUCUUUUACAGCUUUCAAAAGUGGUAUUAGACCUUAAAACUAGAGAGAGCCGAGACUCUAGCCCGAUGCGGCUUCAAAAGACCCCCGAAACCCGAACACCUAAAGCCAUGAGCCGCAAUAUCUCAACCCCUGCGGAGCUCAAGCUCAAGCAACGAAGGAUUCCUCGAAUGCACUCCACACAUUCUCUCACUCAGGAUGCGUUCAUAGCUGAAGAUCCUGUUCCAGAAUUGAGCGAGGACUCGACAAAUGAAACUGUUAUUGGUGAUCCCACAGGCCCAACCUUUAAUGAUCAGCUCCUUGCUGAAGCCAAACGACAGCUAAUUGAAAUGAGCCAUCCCGAAGAGGCGGAAGCUAUGAGAUUUAUUGGCGAUCAUUUGACACGAAGAUCAUAA